CAGUAGCAGCGUCUACUGUAAACAUUACGAGAUGAUUGUUGGGAAACCGCUACAUUUACACAGUUCUUUUUGUUUUUUCUAUGUAUGUAGCUAAUUCUCAGUCUACUGGCAGAAAGGUGAGCUAAAAUAUGAAUAGGUUGUUUGCUGUAGCAAUUGGUUAGAUGCCAACAGCGAUUAGCACAGUCCAGCUAAGUACAUGCUAGUUGUAUCUUGAAACAACAUAAGACAAAUUAAUUGACAGUACCAGGCUAAUAAACCCAUUACGGUAUUAGUGAACCUCUAGAUACGCCUAGUUUGACAGGGACGCGGAAUUAAAUUGGGCUCAGGAAAGUUGAUCCCAUAGAUUCGUGUUUUGUGGGUGUUAGUACUAGGUUUUGGCAUGAAUUAUGUAGCCUCUCUGACAGCUGCUGAGCACAUCUGAGACAGAGAUGGACAACUGACCACAGCGAUGGAAGAGGCAAAGAGGAGGUCUGAAGAGCAGAGUGUGGAGGACAGAGGGCUGCUCCACACUUGGAGGGGUUACUCCUACAGUGUGACCCCAGAAAGGCUGCCCCUGCCCCGGCCUGUUCUCCAGGUUGCACUCGGAGCUCACCAUGGACUUCUGCUGCUUGAAGGAGGGCAGGUGUACAGUUUUGGGGCACUCCCCUGGCGGCAAACCCAGGUUCCGGAGCAUAAUCCGGUGCUGGAGACUGCUUUGAGUGGUCAGUGUGUUUUGUCUGUGGCCACAGGGAGCCACCAUUGUGGAGCAGUGACAGAGGAUGGUGGGGUGCAUAUGUGGGGAGAUAACACAGCAGGACAGUGUGGCCUGACUGGUCUGACCACUGUGCCUAACCCCACCCCCCUGGCUCUGCUGGAUUCUGUGCCUCCUCAGAGGGUCCCUGUGCUCGAGCUGUCCUGUGGGGAGAGGCACACCUUGGCCCUGUCUUCUCAGAGAGAAGUGUGGAGCUGGGGGGCCACAGGGUCUCCUGUGAGCCGGCCCCACAAGAUGGAGCAGCUAGCAGGCAGGUAUGUGCUGCAGAUAGCCUGUGGGGGCACUCACAGUCUGGCUCUGGUGCGCUGCCUCGGCCUGUCUAAUGUGAACCGUCCCCCGGUCGACAAGUGUGGUCAGUGCCACCAGCUGCUGUACACCAUGACUGACAAAGAGGAUCACGUCAUCAUCUCUGACAACCACUACUGUCCCCUGAGAGGUGACCACUCCCAAGAGCCGGGCUCUUCUGAGUCUGCACCCUCCCUUCAAACACCCCCCUCUGACCCUGUGCCCCCCUCCACCGGCGGCUCGGACACAACAGCUCCUCCAACUAUCUCGAAGGCUGAACAUUUGGCCAAUAGGGAGGGCUUGGACCCUCAGUCCCAGGGAGAAAAUGGGGCCGCCCCAGGUGCAGUCAAGACCUCUCAGUAUCCAGACAAGCAAGAGGUCAGCGACUACCUGAGGAGACUGUCCAACCACAGUGAGCCACAUGGCAGGAAGGGACUGCACACCCUGCUGGCGUCCUCUGCAGGUGGAUCCUCUAUCAACAGCCUGGUGGUGUCAUGUGCCUCAGCUGUGGGUGAGCGUGUGGCCUCCACCUAUGAGUCCCUGUCUUUGCGGAGGAUGGUGAACAUGUACCUGCCCACGGGCCUGUCCCGCACCGGAGGCUCAGACAGCCCUCUGGAACAGGACUCUGGACAGGCCAAGAAGAGCUGCAGCACAGGGGACAUCCAGGACGAGGCGGGGGGCCCGGGCCGGCGCCUGUCCCUCCCAGGACUGCUGUCUCAGGGUAGAUACGCUGUUCACCUCUUAUCCUCCUCGUAUGGGUCGCUGCUGUCCCCCCGGCUGCUGAAGAAGGCGGGUCGUCCUAAGACACAGGUGCUGGCUCUGACACCUGUGGGAGGAGCCUGUGAGACCCAGGAAUCACUGCCCUCUCUGCACACAGAGGUGUGGAGCUGGGGCCAGGGCCAGCAUGGCCAGCUGGGGCACGGAGAGCAGCAGGACAGAUCAAAGCCACAGUGCAUCAAAAGUCUGACCAACAAAGAGGUGGUGCGCAUCGCAGCUGGGGCUCAGCACUCUGUGGCCCUCACGGCCCAGUGCCAGGUGUAUUCUUGGGGUAGUAACACCUCUGGUCAAUUGGGCCACAUGGAGCAGCCCAGUACCAUCCCCCGCUUGGCCAAACUUUCAGAAGGGAUCCGUGUUUGGGACAUCAGCGCAGGAGACAGCCACACCCUUCUGCUGGCCGAUGGCGACUGUAUACAGCCCAUUCUGUAUUACAGCGGGCAGCAGGUGAGCGAGGGGCCAGAGGAGAGUUUGGAGACUCAGGAGAGAGAGCGAGCUAGGCCCUACACACAGCAGCCUGUGCUCCUACCUUUCUGCAUGAAUCUGGGCUAUGUGAGCAGUGUGUGUGCAGGCGGACAGCGCUGUGCUGCUGUCUCUGAUCAGAAGGUCAUGGGCUACACAGCCAGCCUCCAUGAGCUCGCCUCAUCAGAGAGGAAGUACCACUGCAAGCUCUGUACUGUGAAGACACAAGUAAUACGCCCCCUGCUGGAGCAAGAGUCUGUGAGCUCGGUCCUGGGGCAGGAGGCCUUUGCCCUCCUGCAGUCUUUAGCUGGACGCUUCAGUGUCCUGUGUCACCUCAGCGGUCAGCAUGCAGCCAGCCUGUCCUCCAACCUGCGCCAUAGACAAGAUGUCAGCGCUCUGCUCUUUCCAGACCACACAGAGCUGUUUGUGGACUGCUACCAGGAGUAUUGCAGUAUUCUUGGCAACUUCCAGGUCAUUGGUGGUUUUCAGACUCUCACAAAGCCAGCCACUGACAUCUUUGGGAAGAGCCCUGAGCUACUGCAGCGCUUGACUGAGUGCAGUGAGGAGAGCCCUACCACAACCGACCUCCUGGUGGCGCUCUUCUAUCUCCCCACGCUCCAUCUACAAGAAUACUCCCGUCUGCUGCUCAAACUGGCUACUUGUUUUGAAGAGAACUCUGUUGAGUAUCAGAGGCUACAUGAGUCUGGCUCUCGGUGUGAAGCUGCCAACCUCCAAGUGAAGAGGAAACGUAAAGAGGCGGAGUACACCCUGCACUUCUGGAAAAGCUUUCCCGGGAAAAUGACGGACUCCCUGCGAAAGCCCCACCGCCGCCUGGUCUGUGAGAGCAGUAACAGAGCCCUGAGUCUCCAGAACGCCGGCCGCUUCUCCGUCAACUGGUUCAUCCUGUUUUCUGACGCACUGGUGCACGCUCAGUUCUCCACCCAUCACGUGUUUCCCUUAGCAACGCUUUGGGUGGAACCAAUCACCGAAGACAACUCUGGCAUAUACGGUUUAAAGGUGAUCACGCCUGAGGAAAGCUUCACUCUUCUGGCCACCUCCCCUGCUGAAAAGGCGAAAUGGCUGCGUUCAAUAAACCAGGCCGUGGAGCAGGCUCUGUGCGGAGGGGGGCAGGACUCCUCGUUGACCAGUUCAGGUUCUGGCAGCUGGGAGCCUCCUGUCUCCAGAACGGCUACAUACAUGUUCUACAAGGAGGGGAGAUUAAAAGAGGCCACAUACGAGGGUCGGUGGGUGGCUGGGAAACUCCACGGCAGGGGUGUUCUGAAGUGGCCCGAUGGAAGAAUUUACUCGGGAGAAUUUAGCAACGGGUUGGAAGAAGGGUAUGGAGAAUAUAUCGCUCCAAAUAAGACCCUUCAUAAAAACGAUUUAUACCAAGGCUACUGGAAGGAUGGCAAGAUGCAUGGUUUGGGGACAUACAGAUACGCCAACGGGGAGGUGUACGAAGGCUCCUUUCAGAACGGGAUGAGACACGGCCAAGGCAUGCUCCGCACCGGCAAACUUAACACGUCCUCCCCCAGCGUCUUCAUCGGUCAGUGGGUCAACGACAAGAAGACGGGCUACGGAGUGUUUGACGACAUCACCAAAGGGGAGAAGUACAUGGGCCAGUGGCAGGAGCACCAGCGGCAGGGCACAGGGGUGGUGGUCACACAGUUUGGGCUCUACUACGAGGGGGCGUUCAAGGACAACAAGAUGAUGGGCAUGGGGGUCCUGGUGUCUGAGGAUGACACAACGUUUGAAGGGGAAUUUUCUGAUGACUGGACCCUGAAUGGAAAGGGUGUUCUGACCAUGACCAAUGGGGAUUAUCUGGAGGCUUCUUUCCACGGAGAAUGGGGCACUGGCAUCAAAGUGGCGGGAUCCUACUACAAACCCCACCUGUUUGACAUGGACAAGGACAAGACUGCCUCAAUGAAGCUGGGUCGUUUGUGUGUUUGUGCGGAGGACAAGUGGCAGGCCGUGUUCCAGGAGUGUUGGACUGAGCUGGGCUGCUCCGGGCCGGGGCAGGGCGACACCACCAAGGCCUGGGACAACAUCACAGAGGCUCUGACCAGUAGCCAGCAGCAGGUCAAAGACAGUCCGCAGACACUGUCCCGAAGCCAGAGCAGAACCCUGGAAAGCCUGGAGUCCAUUCCUCAACAUCAGGGGCCAACGACGAUGGAGCGGUACCAGGCCAUUCACCAGUAUCUCAUCAAGGCCUGUGAGACGCCCCUGCACCCUCUGGGCCGGCUGCUCGAGACCCUGGUGGCCGUGUACAGAAUGACCUAUGUGGGGGUGGGAGCCAACAGAAGACUCCUUCGCCAAGCUGUGAACGAGAUCAAGUCCUACCUCAGCCGCAUCUUCACUAUUGUCAGGUUUCUCUUUCCUGAUUUACCGGAGGAGGGCGGUCAGAUCCCAGAGCCCAGCAGCAAGACCACGGAAAAUGAGGAGGGCUCAUCACAGGGUCUGCUGGAGUCUCCAAAACCUGUGCGUGUGGUGAGCUCGUCUGGCCUCCUUCUGCCUGUUCUCCUGCCACGCCUGUACCCCCCACUCUUCACCCUCUACGCUCUGGACAAGGAGAAGGAAGACGACGUGUACUGGGAAUGUGUGCUCCGGCUCAACAAGCAGGCUGACCUGGCUCUGCUCGCCUUCCUGGGAGUGCAGCAGAAGUUUUGGCCGGUUGUUACACCUGAUUCCACAAUGGCACCAGGACAGAGGACGCAGGUUCUCUCCACCACCAAAGACACAUGCUUUGCUUCUGCAGUAGAAACCCUGCAGCAGAUCAGCACCACCUUCACCCCUUCAGACAAACUGCAGUUGAUCCAGUUGACGUUUGAGGAGAUCACUCAGGAGGUGCAGGCUCUGCUCCAGCAGGACUUCCUCUGGUCCAUGGACGAGCUGUUUCCUGUCUUCCUCUACGUCGUGCUGCGCGCUCGAAUCAGAAACUUGGGUUCAGAGGUCAGCCUGAUUGAAGACUUGAUGGAUCCCUGUGUGCAACACGGAGAGCACGGGAUCAUGUUUACAACUCUCAAAGCUUGUUACUACCAAAUCCAACAUGAGAAGAUCACAUAGAAGAUCCGCCCCUCCUUCAAAGACAAUCACACGGCUGAUGUGCCUUGCCUCAGUGGUGACAGAAGGGUAAUGCGGCCAAUGAAAAGCAAGAUUGAACAGGCCGGAUCAUGUCGCUUGGGUCCAUACAGUGCAGUGCCCUUUGACCUUUGGACCAGGGCACUGAUCAGGAUGACUCAUCACUUCUGACUGUGCACCCCCUAGUGGAGAACCAGACUGCUCGUAAACUGUGCUGUACAGGAUAGUGAACAUUUCCAGUUGGACAUUUGAGUUGAAUGUGAAAUGUGUUUUGCUAAUUUAACUACGCUAAUCAAAGUCAAAGUCUCGUCCUCAACAAAUGGACCCUAUCAGAGGAGACACAUCUUUAUAUUCCCCUUCUUUGAGACUAAAGCUGCUACUAUAACAUAAUACUAUACACCAUCAGUAUUAUUUUAUAUAUAUUUUUGGUCCUUCAGUUGGUUCACUUUUCACUUUUCUCAAAGAAAUAUACUGUCUUUUCAGAAUUUAAUCUGUACACUACUCCAAAGAGAGCAAUAAAUUAUUUUAACAUU